AUGGACAAAAUACCAGGUAUAGGUGCGAAUCUUGUUAAAACAGUGACAAAUUUAAUUGAUUCCAAAGAGGAGAAAAGUCAAGACAAUGCAUUAUCAACAGUCCUUGGUAGUCUGAAAUUAUAUGAUGACAAUUCACCACGUAGUACAUUGUCGAGUAAAUAUAGAUCAACUGAAACACUUUAUGAUAUUGUUAUUCGUAUUAAUAAUAUAUCAGAUUUACGUACUCAAGGUUGGGAAAUUUUAGUUGGUAAACAUGCAAAAAAUAUUCUACCAAUUCGAAUGAUACUUGAUAGAAAUGCAUCAACAAAUUCAUUACCUGAAAAGAAACAAGGUGUUAUAGCUACUGCUCUUGGUGCUUAUAAUCGUGGCAAAUCGUUUUUAUUGAAAAAACUUUGUAAAAUUGAACUUCCUAAUGGAAAUUUAAUAUCUACCGAAGAUACACCUGUAAAAAAUGAAGAAAUUGAAUUUAAAAGAGCUACAGAAGCACUUCUACGAGAAGUUGUUUUACAUUUAUCUACUUUUAUUAUUAUUGUCGUCAAUCGUCUACGUGCUACAGAUCAAAUUUAUAUUAAAGAAAUAUUAAAAUAUUGUCGAAAUACUCCAAAUAAGAAAAGUGUUAUUAUUGUUCAUAAUUUUGUUGAUAUUGAAACAAUUGAAGAUCUAGACAAAAUUAUUGAAAAUGAAGUUAAAAAUAUUUUUGGGGCAAAAUUAGAAACAUUACAAUUAGUAGUUAAUCGUACUGCCAAAUCAAUUAAUUAUUUUACAUCGUACCAAAGUGGUAUUGAUGUACGACAUUAUAUUUUAGCAAAAUCUCGUUCAAAUGCAGCUGAUCAUUGGAAUAAACAAACACUUGAUGGGAUUAUGAAUUUACUUCAAAAUUCUGAAAAUAAACAAAGUCUUGAUAUUAUUAAUGAUAUGAUUCAUUUUAUUAAUACUAAACUUCCACAAUUAUUCAAACAAGAUAAUCAUUAUGAAAAUAGUUUGACUUCACAAAAUAUAGAAAUUGUACAACAUAAUAGUCAACCUUAUAUUGUACAUUCUGAUCGACAACAUCGUGAAGAUCUUUUAAAAGAUCCUCUUUCAUUGAAAUUAGCAGAAAAACUUGUUUAUGAUGAUGCAGGAUAUUUUAUUCGAAAUGAAAGUGGACAAUGGCAACCUCGUUAUAAUCUCUAUGAUGACAAAGAUAAUCAUUAUUUAGUUGUUGAAGCUGCAGGAUUUAGAAAAGGUGAAUUAAAAACAUCUCGAACAGACAAAUCAAUUAGUAUUGAAGGUACUCGACUUGAUUUAACUAAAGGAAUGAUUAAUCCUACUAUUCGUCAAUCUGAUAUUCCAGUUGGAUCAUUUAAAUUGAAUAUACCAUUCAAAAAAGAUAUUAAUCCUGAUGGAGUAGAAAUAGAACGUGACGAAGGUUUACUAAGAUUUACGAUUCCCAAGAAAAAAACAAAUCAAAUAGAUGAAGCUGUGUAA